UUUUGAGGAGACAACUGUCAAAAUAGUUGAAAACAAUCGGUCAGUCUUUUGUUUGAUAAGGGUAUCAAUAAAAUUAGAAGCCGUUAUAAUAAUAGUACUUGCCUACGUUUAUUAAUGUAAUGUUCUGAAAUAAUUUACAGAUACAUGUAAAUUAUUAAUUGUAUAAUAUAACUCGUCUCCAAAUAGAAAUUACUGGAAUAGAGGCAGAUGGCGAUCGAGCGCUGCGCGGCCGCGGCUGCGGCGGCCAGCGAGCGGCCCGCCAGCCCUGUUGGCGGCGCAGGCCCCGCGAGCCCAGCCGCGGCGGGGCCCGCCGCCCCGGGGCCCGCCGUGCCGCAGACGCGGAUACUCACCCUGGAGCACGGCGAGCACAACGACUCCACGCUGUACCGGUUUGAAAAAGGCUGCUAUUUACAAUUUUGCCCUGGGCCGUCUUUACUUGGGCGAAAAGUUUUUCUCUAUACCAACUAUGUGAUGUCUGAUAAUCUAGAAGACGAUAAAUGCAGUGAGCAAGCAGAGUUCAUCCGCAAUCAGUACUACGGACUGGAGUGGUACCGCGAGGCCGAGGACGAGGCCGGCCCCGCCCCGGCCCCGCUCGGCACCGGCCUGCUCGUCACCGACACCGACUUCUACUGCCAGCUGCGCCUCGCGCGCGCCGGCUCCUUCCACUACUACUUCGUCUACGACAACGCGGAGUCGGCGGUGGGUCCGCAAGGCUCGGGCUGGUUCCACGUGGCGCCGACGCUGCGCGUGGGCCCCGGCGGGCGCGACGAGAUCCCACUGGACGGCAUCAUGUGCCACACCGUGCUGGCCAAGUGCCUCGGGCCGCUCCCGCGCUGGGAGAGCACGCUGCGGGUGUCGCGCGAGGCGGGCUACAACAUGCUGCACUUCACGCCCGUGCAGGAGCUGGGCGCGUCGCGCUCCAGCUACAGCAUCGCCAACCAGCUGCGCCUCAACCCGCAGUUCGGGGCCGACGCCGGCCGCGAGCCCACCUUCGCCGACGUCGAGAACGUCGUCUCCAAGCUGCGCACCGAGUGGAAGAUGCUGUCCAUCUGCGACGUCGUGCUGAACCACACGGCCAACGAGACGCCGUGGCUGGGCGAGCACCCCGAGGCCACGUACAACUGCAGCAACUGCCCGCACCUGCGGCCCGCGGCGCUGCUGGACGCGCUGCUGGCGCGGCUGACGGCCGACGUGGCGCGCGGGGACCUGGAGGCGCGCGGCGUGCCUCGGACGCUGACGACGCCGGCGCAGCUGGACGCGCUGCGCGACCUGCUGCAGCAGCGACUGCCGGACGCGCGCCUGCACGAGAUGUACAUGUGCAACGCGCCCGACCUCGUGCAGGACUUCUACUUCAUGGCGCGCAACAAGGUGCCGGCCCCGACGGCGGUGGGCGCGAGCCCGGCGGGCCCCGGCGCGAGCCCGGCGGGUCCCGGCGCGAGCCCGGCGGGCCCCGAGCUGCGCCUGCAGCCGGACCCGCAGUACCGGCGCCUGCGCGCGACCGUGGACAUGGACCGCGCACUGCAGCUCUACAACGUGUACAGAGCUGAAUGUUACGACGAGGAAUCGCGGCUCAAGAAAUGCUGUGAAGAAUUCAAACGCAAGUUGGAGCAACUGAACGAGGCCGCGGCGGACACUCUGCGGGACCAUCUGCGCGCCGCCGUCGACAACGUCAUCGCCGGGAUCAGAUAUUAUCGAUUACAGUCAGACGGACCGAAGAUCGAAGAGGUCAGCGCCAAACACCCGCUGGUACCCAGGUACUUCACGUGGGCCUGCAGCGUGGAGACCAGCUCGCUGGCGGAGGUGGAGGCGGCGCUGUACUCCGACGCGGGCCGCCACUGCAUGGCGCACAACGGGUGGGUCAUGGACGCCGACCCGCUGCAGGACUUCGCCGCCCGCGCCGCCGCCGCGCGCGUCUACCUGCGCCGCGAGCUCAUCGCCUGGGGCGACUCCGUCAAGCUGCGCUACGGGGACAAGCCCGAGGACAGCCCCUUCCUGUGGGCCCACAUGCGCGAGUACGUCGAGCUCACGGCCGAGGUCUUCGACGGCCUGCGCCUCGACAACUGCCACUCCACGCCGCUGCACGUGGCGGAGUACAUGCUGGACUGCGCCCGCAACGUCAAGCCGGACCUGUACGUCGUGGCCGAGCUCUUCACCAACUCCGACCACGUCGACAACAUCUUCGUCAACCGACUGGGCAUCACGUCGCUCAUCCGUGAGACGCUGAGCGCGUGGGACGCGCACGAGCAGGGCCGGCUGCUGCACCGGUUCGGCGCGCGCCCCGUCGGCGCCUUCCUGCGGGCGCCGCGCUGCGCGGCCGCGCCCGGAGUGGCGCACGCCAUGCUCAUGGACCAGACGCACGACAACCCCACGCCGCUGCGCGCGCGCUGCGUGUUCGACGUGCUGGCCGGCGCCGCGCUGCUGGGCGCCGCCGCCUGCGCCGCGGGCUCCACGCGCGGCCUGGACGAGCUCGUGCCGCACGCCGUGCACGUCGUGGACGAGGCGCGCCUCUACGCCGACUGGGGCGAGCCCGAGUCCGACCGCCCGCGCGUGGGCGCCGCCACCGGCGUACUGGCGGCGCGUCGCGCGCUCUGCGACCUGCACGCCUGGCUGGCGCGCGCCGGCUACUGCGAGCUGUUCGUGGACCAGCUGGACGCCGACGUGCUGGCCGUGACGCGCCACGACCCCGUGUCGCGCCGCUCCGUCGUCGUCGUCGCCUUCACCUGCUUCAAGGCGCCUUCGGGCGCGCGCGCGCCGCCCCCGCUGCGCUUCGAGGGGGACCUGGAGGAGAUCGUGCUCGAGGCCUGUCUGCGCCACGUCGACUACAAGUCUGAGGGCGACCCGCUGCGACUGCCGGGCCCCUUCAGCCCGCACCCGCGCAUCAUCUCGGGGCUGACGGAGUACGAGUGCAGCGUCCGGCGCGGCCUGGCGCUGGCGCAGUCGCAGGUGUUCGCGGGCGCGCGGCAGGACGGCGCCUACACCGAGCUGGCCUUCCGCGACAUCUUGCCCGGCACCGUCGCCGCGCUGCGCAUCGCGCCCCGCGCCCCGCAGCGCGCCGCGCUGGCCGCGCUGCAGCGCUCGCUGGCGUCGCCCGCCGCGCUUGGGCUGGCGCCGGCGCUGGCCGAGCUGGACCUGGUGGAGCUGAACGCGCUGCUGUACCGCUGCGACGCCGAGGAGCGCGAGGCGGGCGGCGGCGGCGUGUACGACGUGCCGGGCCACGGGCCGCUGGCCUACGCCGGCCUGCAGGGCGCCGCCGCGCUGCUGGCCCGGCUGGCGCCGGCCGACGACCUGGGCCACGCGCUCUGCGCCAACCUGCGCGCCGGCGACUGGCUGGCCGACUACACGUGGCGCCGCCUGGACGCCGCGCCGCGCCUGCAGCCCGUCGCCGCCCGCGUCCGCGCGCUGCUGCAGCCGCUGGCGGCGCUGCCCCGCUUCCUGCAGCCCGCCUACUUCGAGGCGCUGCUGUCGGCCGUGUACCGCGAGGCCACGCGCGCGGCGCUGGCGCGGCUGAGGUCGCCGCGCGGCGCCUUCGGCCGCGCGCUGGCGCUGACCAGCGUGCAGCUGGUGGGCGCGGUGCCGUCGGCGCCGCUGCCGGCCUGCUCGCCGGCGCUGGCGCCGCCGCGCGCCGCGCUGGCCUCCAUGUCGGCGGGGCUGCCCCACUUCGCGGUGGGCUACAUGCGCUGCUGGGGCCGCGACACCUUCGUGGCGCUCCGCGGCCUGCUCCUACUCACGGGCCGCUACCAGGACGCGCGCAUGCACAUCCUGGGGUUCGCGGCGUGUCUGCGGCACGGGCUCAUCCCCAACCUGCUGGACGCCGGCCGCAACGCCCGGUACAACUGCCGCGACGCCGUCUGGUGGUGGCUGCAGAGCAUCAAACAGUACUGCAGCGAGGCGCCGGGCGGCGGCGCGCUGCUGGCGGAGCCGGUGUCGCGGCUGUUCCCGCAGGACGACGCGGACGCGGCGCCGCCGGGGGCCGCCGACCAGCCGCUGCACGACGUCAUGCAGGAGGCCCUCGACGUGCACUUCCAGGGACUCGUAUUCCGAGAGCGUAACGCCGGCCGUACGAUCGACGCUCACAUGUCGGACAAAGGCUUCAACGUGCAGAUCGGGAUCGAUCCCGAGACCGGCUUCCCGUUCGGGGGCAACGACUCGAACUGCGGGACCUGGAUGGACAAAAUGGGGUCCUCCGAGCCUGCCGGCAACCGAGGCAAGCCGGCCACGCCGCGCGACGGCUCGGCCGUGGAGCUGGUGGGGCUGGCGUACAGCGUGCUGUCCUGGCUGGCCGGCCAGCACCGCGCCGCGCGGUACCCCUACCCCGGCGUCGUCCGCAGGCACCGCGACGGCAGCCUCACGUCCUGGACCUUCGCGCAGUGGGCCGAGCGCAUCAAGCACAACUUCGAGCGCUACUUCUGGAUCCCCGUCGCGCCCUCCGCCGCCGACCUGCGCCCCGACCUCGUGCAUCGCCGCGGCAUCUACAAGGACAGCCACGGAGCCUCGCGCCCCUGGGCCGACUACCAGCUACGCUGCAACUUCCCCAUCGCCAUGGUGGUCGCGCCCGAGCUAUUCGAUCCCAAACACGCUUGGCUGGCGCUUGACGCCGUGGAGAAACUGCUACUGGGACCGCUCGGAGUCAAGACGCUGGAUCCCGCCGACUGGGCGUACCGCGGAGACUACGACAACUCGAAUAACUCCGACGACCCCAGCGUCGCGCACGGAUUCAACUACCACCAGGGGCCCGAGUGGGUGUGGCCCCUGGGUUUCUACUUGCGCGCGCGCCUCGCCUUCGCCCAGCAGGCGGGGCGCCACGCCCGCACGCUGGCGUCCUGCUACGCGGCGCUGGCGCCCCUCCUGGCCGAGCUGCGCACGUCCCCCUGGCGCGGCCUGCCCGAGCUCACCAACGCGGGCGGCGCCGUCUGCCACCACUCCUGUCGCACGCAGGCCUGGAGCUCCGCCUGCGUGCUCGAGGCCCUGCACGACCUGCAGCAGGCCGCGCUCGCGCGCCCCCUACCCGCCGACUGACGAGCGCGUCGCCUGCGCCACGCCCCCGCCCUGUACGCCACGCCCUACGAGCCCGCGCGGCGCCGGCCGCUGGCCGCGCUGCGCCGCCUGCUGCGCCGCGGGCGGGCGGUGCGGUCGUUCUACAACGUACUGCAGCCGCGCCGCGGGCAGCUGGCCACCGUGGUGUACAGCGACCGCUACUUCCGCUACGGCCUGCCGCUGCUGGCGCGGCCGGCGCCCGCGCGCCUGCUCGUGGCCGACCUGCUGGGCGCCGGCGCCACGGCCGAGCGCGCCCGCCCCACCCGCGCCCACGUCAUGCCGCUGCGCAGCGCCGCGCCGCGCCCCGCGCCGCGCGCUCUGCUGCAGCUGGCGCCGCGCCCGGCCCCGCCCCCGCCGCGCCCCGCGCCGCCCGCCCGCCCGCAGCGCCUGCUGCGGCUGUGCGACACGCAGCGCUUCCAGGGGACCGCGCCAGAGUGGGCGGGGCCGGCCGCGCUGUGCCGCCGUGCGCUGGACUACCGCCAGGGUGCGGCCGGGCUGUGGCCGCGGGUGGGCGGGGCCCCGGGCUCGCGGCCGCCGGCGCCGCUGCCCGAGGCGGAGCCCGACCGCUGCACGCGGCCACAGUUCGCGCUGGACGAAGCGGAGGGAGCGGAGGCGGGGCCGGAGGCGGGGCGGUCGCGCGCGUACUCGCUGUACGAGCGGCUGUCGAAGGCGUCGGCGCGGCUUAGCGCGAACCUGGCGCCGGCGACGCCGGAGGGCGACAAGGCGAGCUCGAUGGCGCUGGCGCGCAAAGUGCUGAAUACGGAACGCUACAACAACGGCGCGCGCGCAGUCUGGCGCGGCUCGCGCGGCUCCCGGGGCUCCGCCCCCGGGGCGGGCUGGGGCGGGGCGCGAGGCUCGCGCGGCGCGCGGCAGUUGCGCGCGACGAUCCGCGCGAUGUUGGCGUUUAGCAGUCUCUUCUAUGCGCUCUCGUUCCUCGCAUUCUACUUCCUGAGUCUACCGUAGGAAAAUGCUAUUUUAUAUUCGAGUGCCAUAAUAUUAACGUUAGACAUUAUCUUCCAAUAAAACCCUUGUUAUGUACUGUUAGAGUUAUAUACUGAUUGCUAUGUAAUAAUUUGCGGGCUAGAAGUAAAUUACUACUACCUCUAAGUUGUUAAUUCGUUAAAAAAGUAAUGUAUGCUACUUGUUUAAUAAUUAUAUUUAUAACUUGUUAUAGACUAACAAUAUUUAAUAUAUUAUAAGGUUUGUAAAAUUAAUGGUUUUAUUUGCAUUGUUGUUGUACCGC